AUGUCUUCCGGACCCGAAUACAGCAGCCCGGCGCCGACAAAGGACCAGCUCGAUCCGUUCAGAAAGACAUCACUGGUGCCUUAUGUCGACGCUGCCACAGCGCCACCUGCGAUUGCCGAGAAAUUGAAAGUCUUGCCGUUCAGGCGCAACAUUUUCCAUUUGCUUGCCCAUUCCGAGGGGUUAUUCCCGCACCUGAUUGGAGUAAUUGGUAGCUGCUUCAACGGCGAAGCACGCACCGUGCAGUUGCUCGACUGGCAACUCAUUGUUCUUCGCACUGCCACAACCUUGAAGGCGAAGUAUGAAUACGAUGUCAAUCUACCAGUGGCGGAGCUUUACGAGAUGCCACAGGCGAAGAUUGAUGCCAUGGGAUGCAGUGCCCAGAGCAUUGUGGAUGGCGAAGGCCCUUGGUCCGAGCGAGACAGGGUCAUACUCCGCCUGGUAGAUGAGCAGCUCGUCGACUACACGAAUGCGGAGGAGACGAUCAGAGAUGCGCUCGAGGUCCUCUCAAAUGCUGAGUUGGUCGAAACUUUGAUCAUCUUGGGCACGUAUGCACUCAUUGCAAGGGUUAUUCGGGCGCUUAGAAUUGAUGAUGAUCAGCCAAUUCGUCCCGAGGGAUUGAUGGAAUCGCUGAGAAAGUCGGUGACGCCGACUGUGCCGCGUACUUGA